AUGAAUACUCGUCGAACCGGUCUGCUACUUCUCGUCCUGGCCCUCCGAUCAGCACGAGCGACAGACUAUUCGGUCGAUGUAGAAGCUACCCAACUACGACGAUCGAUACCUGAACCCCUUACCGCUUCACCCCUCACUUCGACUACAGUCCCGAGUCAUGUGGCGACGGAAUUAUCAGGUGUAGUCGCUGUCGAUUCAUCAACCGCUACACCAUCCACUCGAGGUACGAGCCACACAGCUUCAAUGCUCGGUAUAUAUGAAUCACUGCUCAACGCUGAAACAACCGGUAUCUCUGCAGAAAGACAAUCUUCCUCCGUUCCUGGAAUAGUAGAUGCUCAAUAUCCCGACUCGAAUCCCAGUGGGUAUCGUACCUCGUACGUAUUCGCUGCUCCUACUGGCAAUGAUACUCAUACUUCAGGAUCGGCUACCGCUGGCUCCUUGACUUCGAUCUUAACGAUUGGAGCAUCUUCGACUUCGGACUUGGCAGCUUUUGAACAAUCGACGACUAUAAGUGAUUUACUGCCCACGACUAGGGUCGAUACGAGUGAAGGUUUAAUUAGCUCCUUGGCAGCUACAUUGACAUCGGUAAUGGCUACCGAUCAGCCUCGGGAGACCAGCUCCAGCCCUACAAGUCUCGAAGAUCUGACAUCGGGCUUGGUCGGAGAUGAAGUCCCGUCUGCUACGACCACACCUACGAAUAAUGAAUACACAGACUCUGGAGUCGUCGCAUACGAGAGUCAAACAAGAGUAAUGCCCACAUCCAGCGAAUCAUCGGACUCGGAAAAUUAUUUCUCCCUAUUCUCGUCAGGUACUGUACCAUACGGGAACCCCACUGCGACAUCUGUGAUUACACCCUACUCUGAUUCAGCUAUGAGCUCCACCACUACAAUGUCAGCCCCUUCAUACUCGGAAGAAGCUGAAGAAGAAUGCAUUGACACCAGCAUAAUCCCUCUUGCCUCGUCACUUAAUGCAACAGCUCAAUCCGAUGCUCAAUGCGUUUCUUCAGGCGGGGACUGCCAAGCUUACGUCACAUCGUUCAAUGAAUGUCAAGAUGAUAAUUGUGCUUGUGGAUUAACAUAUCAAGCUCAAUUAUGUGCUCAAUGCCUAAGUAUGGAAGAGGCAGUCGAACAAUACAAUCUCUACUUAUCAGCUUGUUCACUGAGAGGCUUGAUCCAACCUACUGAGACGAUCAAUGCGGAGUGUGAAGAUGCUACGGAGACUUCGGACGUACUCACCGAGGUGUUAGCGAGUCAAGCUGCCUCUUCCACCUCACAACCCACAGGGAGUGUAGGGAGUACGAUGGGAGGGAUCGCAGCGCAAAUGCCAGAUGUCAGUGAGCAAGCGGUAGUAUCUACUAUCAGUACGACAGAUGCGCGAGGACAACCUACUUCGAUCAUCACUUACCUUGGAUCUACUCCCACCUCAACUGCCACCGGAUCAGUUACCAGUCAGGAUACUACUGCGCAGUCGACCGGAACGACAAGUUCUGCUCUUGAUUCGGCACAUGAGUUUUUCUCAGCCUCUAUUGACUCAACUUGUCAGAAGGAUUGUGAAUUCUGGCUGGAGCUGGCACAAACAUGUACAAGCGAUGACUGCAUCUGCACGCCGGAAUCAUUGGAUAGUGCGAAGUCCUGUGCAAGCUGUGCGAUAUCUUCCAAUAGUAACGACCAAAUGAAUGCCUAUGCCGGCUUUACCCAAGCUUGUACCAGUGCCACGGCUGGCACCGCUGCUUUGGACGAUAGUACUCCUGUCGUCGGUAUGGCAGCUGUAGGUACAUCAAUCACUCCCACUCGGAGUUCGGGAGGGUCCAAUCCAUUCGACACCGAAGAAGCGUCUGACACCGGCGCGGUGAAGACUCGAUUGGCUGAACAUCAAGCAGCAGAUGGUAUCGCCACUGUGGUAGCCGAGGAUAGUUCUGCUUCGUCCAUCGCCUUUGAGUCUUGUGUGGGAAGUUUUGGAUGGGUGAUCACAGGCUUAGCCGGAGGACUGAUGAUUGUCCUUGCUUGGUAG